AUGGGUUCCAUCGAUUACAAGUUUGAGGGCUGGCUUGGCCUGGACAAGUCAGCUUCCGAGGGAAACAUGCAAUGGGCUGAAUUCGAGCCCAAGCCAUGGGAGGAGACGGACGUCGACAUCAAGGUUUCACACUGCGGCAUCUGUGGGAGUGACAUUCACACCCUGCGCAGUGGUUGGGGCCCUACUCUCUACCCUUGCUGCGUCGGCCAUGAAAUCGUCGGGACAGCCGUCCGGGUUGGUUCCAAGGCCGUGGGUGGAAUCAAGGUCGGCGACCGUGUUGGCGUCGGCGCGCAAAGUGACUCUUGCCAGGGACGCAAGGGUGACUGCGAGGCGUGCGCGUCGGGCAUGGAGAACUACUGCGCUGUCCAUCACGUUGGAACCUACAACGGUACUCACGUCAACGGCGGGAAAUCGUACGGCGGUUAUGCCCUUUACAACCGCGCCCCUUCGCGCUUCGUGGUCAAGAUCCCGGACAGCAUCCCCUCUGCCGAGGCUGCGCCCAUGUUGUGUGCUGGGAUCACAACAUACAGCCCGUUGAAAACCCACGGCGUGGGUCCUGGGAAAACCGUCGGAAUCAUCGGGCUCGGCGGCUUAGGCCACUUCGGCGUUAUGUGGGCUAAAGCACUCAAGGCGGACCGGGUGGUUGUCAUCUCGCGUACCUCGGCCAAGAAGGACGACGCCAUCAAGAUGGGGGCCGAUGACUUCAUCGCCACGGAGGAGGACCCGGCGUGGACCAAAAAGCACGCUUCCACGCUCGACGUGAUUGUCUGCACUGUCUCGUCGUCCUCGAUGCCCUUGAUGCAAUAUCUGGCGCUGCUGCGUUUUGACGGCACAUUUGUGCAGGUCGGCGCCCCGGAGGACGGCCUCCCUACUAUCCAGCAGUUCCCGUUCAUCUUGAAGCGUCUCAAGCUUACCGGUUCCCUUGUUGGCUCCCCGGGCGAGAUUAGGGAGAUGUUGCAGCUCGCUGCGGACCAGAAGGUCAGGUCUUGGGUUCAGGAGAUUCCGAUGAAGGAUGCGAACAGGGCCAUUGUGGAUAUGGAGUCAGGGAACCCGAGAUACCGCUAUGUGCUGGUCAAUGAGCCAGAUGGCCCGGUGAAGGCGGGGCUUUAA